CGGCGCUUUCACGAUGUACUGGUGAACGAGGCUGUUGACAGCCUCAAUUGGCUUGCAGGGGCAUCCGUGGGGUCUUCCACGACGCCCGUGACGGCCGUGCAGCUCGACGUCGCGCAGCGCGUCGAUGGGCAGGUGAACGACAUCGCGCAGGGCGUGCUCGCCCCUUGCCGGCCUGGGCUGCCGUCGCUUCCCAAGAGCAUCGCCGAGGCGCCGGCGCUUCGUGAACUGCUUCGGGGGCGAGCGCGCCAGUGCGUGGAGGGGCAGGGCGAGCGCGUGCAGCGGGACCACGAGAGCGCGCUCGAGGCGCUGGAGCGUUGCCCGCGGGUGCCCUUCAGCGAGCCAUCGCUGGUGCGGGGCCAGCGGCGGUGCGGUGAUUUUGCGAGGGGUCGUGCGAAACGUGAACUGGUGUCAUUUGCACGUGAGGUCUCGGAGAUGGUGGGCAUCUUUUUCGUCUGGAAAAAGGGGGGAGUACAGACUCGUAUGAUUCUGGAUUGUCGCAGGAGCAACGCUUGGUUGAUAGAUCCCCCGUCGGUGCAGUUGCUGACGGCGGAGGGUCUCUCGGCCUUCGAGCUCGAGGAGGACGGGGGCGCCGAGGACCGCUUGCAGGCGGUCCUCCAGGCGGCGCUCGAGGACGUGGAUUUCUCGGUGGGGGUGGCGGACGUGAAGGGCGCCUUCCGCCGUGUGCGGCUGCCGCCCUGGAUGAAGCGCUUGUUCGGCCUGCCCGCCCUGAAGGCUCUCCCGAUGGGGUGUACCUGGGGCAUGUACCUGUGCCAGAGCGCGACGGAGCUCCGCUGUCAGUUCGCGCCGAGCCUUCGCGACGGCACGCCCCUCAGUGACGUGGGGAAGCCGUUGGUGCUCAGGUUGGCAGCGGGCGCGACACAGAUCGAGCACUGCGUGUACGUCGACAACAUGGGCGUGAUCGGGCAGAACGGGGAGCGCGUGAGCAGCAGCCUCGACGAGCUGGUGCAGGCUUUCGAGGCCGUGGGUCUACGCGUCCACGGGCGUGAGGGUCGGAAUGGCGGCAUCCAGGUGCUCGGCGUGGUGCUGGGCGGCCAGAGGCUGCAGACGCGCCCGACGUCGAAGAGGGUCUGGAGGGUGCGCCAGGCGAUCGCGGGACUGCUCCAACUUCGUGCAGUCCGUGGUGAUGACCUGCGCGCCCUGCUGGGGCACUGCGCGUACCUGGGCCUGGUGCGCCGCCCCGUGCUUUGCGUCUUUCACUCUGGUUAUAGGUUUGUGACGAAAAUGGGCAAAUAUUCAGCGCCACUUUGGAAAAGUUGCCGAGAAGAGUUGAAGGCAUUUCCAGCCGUGCUUCCCCUGAUCGUCUCAGAUUGGUGGUUGCCAUAUAAUCGAUGGGUGCAGUGUUCAGAUGCUUCAGAGAGCGGGUUUGGUAUAGCGGGGGGCUUCUGGGACCUCGAGGCUCUCAACUCCGUGGGGCGCUGGCGGGAGAGGGGUGAGAAGGCCUUGGCCGAAUCCACGCUGCCCAGGGGUGACUACGAGAUGGACCCCGAGUUCUGUGAGGUGCCCAGCUCUCUCCUGUCUCAUCAGCUUUGGCGUAGCGUAGGCCAGGGGACGUGGAGGUACAGUGAGCACAUCGGCAUUCUAGAGUCCAGGGCGGCCCUCGUGAAAUCUCUGAGGCGUGUUGCACUCACUCGUUUCGGCUUCCAUGCCAGGCAGCUCUUAUUAGUCGACCGCCUCGGUGUAGCACUCGCGUUUGAUAGGCGCGUCGCUGGAACGCGGGCUCGGCCAGCUGGGGAGAGCUCGAGCGGCGCUGCCAGCGAGUCCGAGGCCGCCGUCGAGCUCAAGCGGCAGAGGACGCUGGUGAGGCGUGUGAAGAGGCGACGCCGCGCGGUGGCUCGUGCGAUCGAGGGCGGGGUGCCGCCCGACCGAUACUUGGAGUCGAGCACGGUGGCGCCGCGGGUGAGGGCCCAGUACCAGAGAGUGCUCGAGCAGUUGAAGCAGAGGUGUGGCCGCCAGGACUUUUUCGAGAUGCCAGCGGAGACGAUGGGCGCCUGCCUGGUCCACUACUUCACCUCGCUGUGCCUGCUGGGCGAGCUGGCUUCGGCGGGGAUGUAUGUCGCGGCGGCUGUGAACCAUUUCUACCCGAGGAUGCCCGAGCCGCUGAACAUCUGGUGCGCCCUUAUGCAUGUUCUGGUGUUACGGGGGCGACGGAUGAUGGCGGUGUUCUUGGCGCUGGCUGUGUCUACCUACCUCAGGCCGUCGUCCCUGUUCCGUCUGCGCCCUGGCGACAUAGUGAAACCAGGGGGUGGCAGCCAGCGCUGGGGGCCCCUCAUGCGCCCCCAGGAUCGAGCGACGCCCGACAAGGUGGGAGAGUUCGACCUGGGCGUGAGGCUGGACUCCUCAUGGCUUCGGUGGAUCGGGCCAGUCCUGAGCGAUAUGCAGAUGCUCGAUCCUCGGAAGCCUGUGCGGGAGUUCGACUACCCCGAGCUGCUGCGCGAGAUGAAGGCGGCCUGCCGUAUGCUGCAGCUGCGGCCCGUCACGCCGUAUCGGGCGCGGCACUCGGGCGCCAGCAUCGACCGUGCCAGCGGCGAGAGGGCGCAGGCAGAGGUGCAGCGGCGAGGAGGCUGGCGCCAGUUGAAGAACAUGGCGCGCUACGGGAAGAGCGCGCGCCUCGGGCAGCGCGCGCAGAUGCACGGGCCGAGGCUGGAGGCGUACGGCGACCAGCAUCCAGCCCUCGCCGAGCGGUGCAAAGCGCUCCUGAUCGGGGACGAGCUGGCCAUGAUCGGGUCGGGCCUCGCCGAGAGCGGGGUGCCUACCUGGAUGUGGCGAGGCGACGCCCUCUGUGACGAGCGGCUGGGC